CGCUGGAUUAAAGCCGGUAACGUCAACCAAACGAUAUUCCAAACAUGCGUGUUAUAAGUACUUAUUAUAUUUGUGAGUUUGUUAAUCAGAGGUUGCAAUGUCUCUUUACACUGAAAUCAACACCAUCUUAUAAUCAUACUAGAUCACAAGGGGGUGACAAGGACCAUUAAGCAACUCACUCGUGGGGGCAACAUGAUGCUUUGCACUGAACUAAAAUCGAAUCUAGUCUUUGAGCAUAUCAUUAGCCACUCACGCAACGUAUCAGCCGCACUCGUCGUGCGCACGCCGUCUCGCCGGACGGACGGCAGGUCCGGAGCCACUGGUGCUCGCUGUAGAUAAGAAACGGUUCCCACCGAUGGGAUAAUAGUUUUGAAUGAUAAAAAGUUGCUUCAAUAAUAUUUUGCUCAGCGACCAGGGACACUCGCUGACCGUCGGCAUCGUGCAGCCGCGCAAGCUCAUCGUGGACACCGGCAGCGACCUCAUCUGGACGCAGUGCAAGCUGUCCUCCUCCACCGCCGCGGCGGCGAGGCACGGCUCGCCGCCGGUCUACGACCCCGGCGAGUCCUCCACUUUCGCCUUCCUCCCCUGCAGCGACAGGCUGUGCCAGGAGGGGCAGUUCAGCUUCAAGAACUGCACCAGCAAGAACAGGUGCGUCUACGAGGACGUGUACGGCAGCGCGGCGGCCGUCGGCGUCCUCGCGUCGGAGACCUUCACCUUCGGCGCGCGCCGCGCCGUCUCCCUCCGCCUCGGCUUCGGCUGCGGCGCGCUCUCCGCCGGAAGCCUCAUCGGCGCCACCGGCAUCCUGGGGCUUAGCCCGGAGAGCUUGUCCCUCAUCACGCAGCUGAAAAUACAGAGAUUCUCCUACUGCCUCACCCCUUUCGCCGACAAGAAGACGAGCCCGUUGCUGUUCGGCGCAAUGGCCGACCUGUCCAGGCACAAGACGACGAGGCCGAUCCAAACCACCGCGAUAGUGAGCAAUCCGGUGGAGACCGUCUACUACUACGUGCCGCUGGUUGGCAUCUCGCUCGGGCACAAGCGGCUCGCCGUGCCGGCGGCGAGCCUCGCAAUGAGGCCCGACGGCGGCGGCGGCACGAUCGUCGACUCUGGCAGCACGGUGGCGUACCUCGUGGAGGCGGCGUUCGAGGCCGUCAAGGAGGCCGUGAUGGACGUGGUGAGGCUGCCGGUGGCGAACCGGACCGUCGAGGACUACGAGCUCUGCUUCGUGCUGCCGCGCCGCACGGCUGCGGCGGCGAUGGAGGCGGUGCAGGUUCCGCCGCUGGUGCUGCACUUCGACGGCGGCGCGGCGAUGGUGCUGCCGCGGGACAACUACUUCCAGGAGCCGAGAGCCGGGCUGAUGUGCCUGGCCGUGGGCAAGACGACGGACGGCUCCGGCGUGUCCAUCAUCGGCAACGUCCAGCAGCAGAACAUGCACGUACUCUUCGAUGUGCAACACCACAAGUUCUCCUUUGCGCCCACGCAGUGUGAUCAAAUCUGAAACACUCUUACUACUAACACAGUUGUUCUUACAAUUUUCCCUUUUAUUUUUCCCUGAAAAUGUUAUUAGCCUUCCGGAUUAAGAUAUCCAAUAAUAAAAAGGAUUCAUCGAUCAAGUAUUGACGUUUCGAAACGACAAAAGAGAAUAAGAGGAAAUGCACCACAGAUGUAUUU